CAUGUUGGUUUUGUUUGGAAGAGAUGAAUCGAAGGAGAGAGUGAACCCUAGAGAGAGAUCAGAUAUCAGAAAUCGGAGAUGAUGUAUCAUCAUCAGAAUCAGAAUGAGAAUGGUUCGUUGGAACGCAUGAGGAUUAACGGAGACAUUGGUUCAAAUUCCCCCAAUUCGAUUAGACUUCUUGGAAGCCCUAGAGGAAAUCACAUGCCUGAUAACUAUGAAGAUCUUCCUUUGGAUUUCAACCAUAUUAUUUUCACUUCUCUCGAAAAAUAUCUUCCUUCUCACGUCAUUAACCUCUCUCGUGACCUCAAAGCUCAUUACAUGUCCAACAUUCUUCUCCGUUAUCUGCCUCACUCUGAACGCAUUCGGACUCAAAAGCACAAGGAAUACAGGCGAAAGAUCAUGUUAAAUUAUCCUCCGCUACAUAAGGAGAUAUAUACUAUCCAUAGUGAAAACUUUUUUGCACCGUCGUUUCUCAGAGCUAUUAAAGAAAAUACACCAGCGAGUUUUAGAAGUAUAAUGGCCGAGCCCGCCAGAGGAAUUUAUACGUUUGAAAUGUUUCGACCACAGUUUUGUGAAAUGUUGGUGUCUGAGGUGGAUAAUUUUGAACGGUGGGUCCAUGAGACCAAAUUCAGAAUCAUGCGACCUAAUACAAUGAAUCAAUAUGGUGCUGUUCUUGAUGAUUUUGGUCUGGAAGCCAUGCUUGAUAGAUUGAUGAAUGAUUUCAUAAGUCCUAUAGCUCGAGUUUUUUUUAAUGAAGUUGGUGGAUCCACACUGGACUCGCAUCAUGGUUUUGUUGUUGAAUAUGGAACCAAUAGGGAUGUGGAACUUGGGUUCCACGUGGAUGACUCAGAAGUGACCUUAAAUAUUUGCUUGGGAACACAAUUUUCAGGUGGAGAACUGUUCUUCCGAGGUGUUCGAUGUGAUGAACAUGUGAAUACAGAGACCCAAUCAGGGGAGAUUUUCGAUUAUUCCCAUGUUCCAGGACAUGCUGUCCUUCAUCGUGGUCGACACCGUCACGGUGCUAGACCUACAAUAUCUGGGAACCGGAUCAAUUUAAUCCUCUGGUGUAGAAGUUCGGCGUUUAGAGAGAUCAAGAAAUAUAUGAGUGAAUUUCCUAGCUGGUGUGGAGAAUGCAGACGCAAGAAGAAGGAGAGGGAGCGCAUAUCGAUUGCUGCCACCCAAGAGGAAUUACUAAAGAGGGAACUUAAAUCAGCCUCGUGAACUUUCACCACCAGCACAUGCAGAUAUUGCUUGGUAUAUUUGUAUAGUUGACUUAAUUUAUGAGUGUCAACUUGACAUGUUGAACGAAACUUUUUCCAGAUGAUAGUUUCUUUCCUCAAUGUUUUCAAAUACCCAAUCCGACCAUUAAGACUUUGUUUCAUGAGAAAAUAGGGUAUAUAUCGUCAGUGUAAACUCAUUUUACAUUGUCAAUCAAUUAAAAUUAAGUAUCAUUUUACUUUGUCAAUCAA